GAGGUACAGGAACCCGAAGACAACAUGAAAUGCACUCUUUUUUUCUUCUAUCAUAUUGAACUGUCUACUUUUUUCUUCUCUUUUUUCCACUUAUUAUCGAUAAAACUUACCGCUACAACUGAUUUCCUACAAACUAUAAAUCAAAAGCAAUUCCUCUUAAACAUCAAGCAGAUACGAACAAUAGCAGAAUGCUUCAUAGUAGCUUCUCUUCUGAUGCAUUUAUUCCGAGCGCUUCUGACAGUCGAGCUCCAGUAAACAAUUUAACAACUUCGUUAUCUGAUAUGAGCACUUCAUUUCCUUCAAUCACCCCAGCUUUUUCCAAAUCAGCAACAAUUAGUAGUUCUAUCACCUCUAUCCGUGAAAAUGUACAAGUAAUUGUACGCUGUCGGCCAAAGUCCAAAGCAGAAGAAGAGGGCGCAGAUGCUCCACCUUGCUGGAGCAUAAAACCUGACGUUGGAUCUAUUGAAUUAGUAAAGCCAAAGCUUUCGAAUUCAAGCCAUCUUUUCCAUUUCGAUCAAGUUUAUAUGGGCGUUGAUAACGAUCAAGUUUAUAAUGCUGGAAUAAGUCACUUGGUCAAAUCUUCCAUGAUGGGAUAUAACGGAACUGUAUUUGCUUACGGUCAAACAGCUAGUGGUAAAACUUACACAAUGGUAAGUAAUGAUCAGCAACCUGGAAUAAUCCCAAGAGCAAUCAACGAUGUUUUUACCUACAUCGAAGAGGAUACCAGCGGCCGUGAAUACUUGUUAAGAGUAUCUUAUUUAGAAAUCUACAAUGAGAAGAUUAAAGAUUUAUUGAAUAUCGACAACCAAGAUAUUAGUAUCGUUGAAGGCAAAAAAGGUGUUCAUGUUCGUAAUCUCACAGAAGUCAAAGUCAAGAGUCCUAAAGAAGUAUUUGAUAUAAUCAACCAGGGAGAAGCAAACAGACACAUUAGCGCCACUGACUACAAUCAACGAAGUAGUCGCUCCCAUACUGUUUUUCAGGUCGUCAUUGAAAGUCGGCAUAUAGGCGUUUCUAAUGGUGUGCAAAUUUCACAGUUGAAUCUGAUUGACCUUGCCGGUUCUGAAAAAGUAGCCUCAGAUGUAGAAAGAAGGAAAGAAGGUGCCUAUAUCAACAAGAGUUUACUGACUUUGGGUACCGUCAUUCAUAAGUUGACAACAGCUAAAACAGCACAGCAUAUUCCUUUCCGUAAUUCUAAAUUGACAAGAAUAUUGCAAGGUGCGCUUUCAGGCAAUGCGCGUAUUUCCGUUAUAUGUACAAUUAAUCCUACUUAUGCGUCUAAGGACGAAUCGUUAAAUACGCUUAAAUUUGCUCAGCGUACAAAGUUAAUGCAGACUGCGGCCCGAGUAACUAAUAUCCAUGACAAUUCUGAAUUAGAGAAUUGCCUUAUUAAAAUUGCUGAAUUGCAAACAAAAGUGAAGGAGAAGGAUGAUUCAGAAGCAGAAACAAGAGAACGUUUGAAGAAUUUACUGAGUCUCAUCUUGAAAAGCUCUAAAACGACCGCUGAAGAUGGUGAAGACGCGGUCAGCAGUCGCGAUACGGCUCUUGGCAUCAAUAAUGCCAGCAAUCUAAACUUGAUGGAUGACGAUAUAUUGAAUGCUUCGACGAUCCAUGAAGUCGUUGGUCGGUGUGAGGAAACUCUAGCAGCGCAACUCGAUGUUCAUAAUAUAGAAGUGCAACGAAUGCGAACUGAACAACACCAACUGCAAGCUAAAAUCAAAAUGCUAGAGGCUCUUCAAGCUCAGCAUUUAGAGACAUUAGCUAAACGCGACCAUCAAAUUGACAAACUUAAUAAGGAACUAUUCGACGCAAAACAAGCUAUCACGAAUGCCUCAAAGAAGAUUAUUAAUUUAUCCAAAAAAAUUACAUACAACGACAGAGGAGUUCAGUGUGAUUCAUUAAAAGAGAAGUGUACAAUUGCUACUGCUAAGACCAUGGAUACAGGUGUUCAAAGUUGUAGCUCUGAUCAUUUAAAGGAAGGCAGAAAGGCAAAACAAGCAGUGAAAGAUAGUAACACCGAUACUAAAUUCAUCGACGCAAACAUUCAAACCGAUGUUAUAUCAAUAAAAAGCGACAUGGACGAAGAUUCAAAAGGAACAAGUGAGAGCUGGUGUCUUGAAAGUGUUUCCUUCUCACCUUGCAAUAAUAGUCAUGUUCAAGAUUUUGAUAGUACAGAUGAAUGGAUAGAAACAGUGUCUGAGUUAGCAGUAUUACCCAGCAGAGUAGACACCCCCAAAGACGACAUCCUUAGUACUUCCUCAUCACUCGCAGAAACAGUCAACAUGAAAGUCGCGAAUCUACAGACCAGAACAAAUGAGCAACCGUCGAAUGAAAUGUCAAUGAAUGCUAGUAGUGCUUCAAUGAAUGCUAAUGAUACUUCAGCAAAAAAGGACUUUGCAGAUUAUGUGCCGUAUAGCGGUUCUAUCAGACAGCAAGUUCCAUUUAUUAUAUUCACUAACCCUUUUGCUGUCAUACUGAUGUUAGCCUAUUUUUUCUGGUGAAUUACCCAUUCUCCAUUAUACUUACCAUAUCGUACGGUUGCUAAAACAUUAUACGAUACAUCAUUUGUACUUUUUUUUGUUACCCUUUAUACCUUUUCAUUCUGUUCAACUUCAUAUUUCCUCUUCUUUCGUAUUUUUCUAUCACUUUAGUAUCCUAACCCUCUCCUAUCGUUAUAGCAUAUUCUAUCAGUUUAGCAAAAAAAUCAAAGAUUUUUGUCUCAGAAUCAGAUAAGCCCAAGAUGGGCUGUUUAAAAAAUCAACUCGA